UCUCUCUCUCUCUCUCUCUCUCUCUCUCUCUCUCUCUCUCUCUCUCUCUCUUCUCUUUGCUUUCACCCAGAGGUUUUAACGGAAGCAAAAACACAAAAACCUCCGUAAGCAUACACAAAGCUAUGUCAACUCUUCCAAAAGCACCUAACUCUAAUAGUUGGGCACAAAUGCAUCUCUCUUUCUUUUCUUCUUCAUCAAUAGUGGAUCCUAUGGGCUUCUCCAAAAGGUCCAUCUCCUUGAAGAGCAGCAAAAACCGUAGAAAUUCGAGUAUCAUUCACUGUGCUUUACGAUCUCCCUCAGUUCUUCACUUCCCAAAACCACCCUACAACACACCAGUAAUUACCAAGGAAGCCACUCCAGCAAAACCCAAAACACGUCAGCUUCCACAGUGGAAUUUACUACAGAAAGCAGCUGCCAUGGCGAUCGACGUGGUCGAAGGAGCAUUAGUCUCACGUGAGCGCCAAAACCCACUUCCCAAAACCUCAGACCCACGUGUCCAAAUCGCCGGAAAUUACGCUCCUGUGCCGGAGCAAGCCGUCCGCCACUCCUUACCCGUUACCGGCACCAUACCCGACUGCAUUAACGGCGUCUACGUCCGCAACGGCGCCAACCCAUUACACGAGCCCGUGGCCGGGCACCACCUUUUCGACGGCGACGGCAUGGUUCACGCCGUCAGCAUCGAUUCCGGUUCUGCCAGCUACGCCUGCCGGUUCACCGAGACUCAGAGGCUCGUCCAAGAAAGGGAAAUGGGGCGACCAGUUUUCCCCAAAGCCAUCGGCGAGCUCCACGGCCACUCCGGCAUCGCUCGCCUCCUCUUAUUUUUCGCACGUGGGGCUUUAGGCCUCCUCGAUAAAAACCAGGGCACAGGCGUCGCAAACGCCGGCCUAGUCUACCACAACGGCCGCCUCUUAGCCAUGUCGGAAGACGACUUGCCGUACCAGGUCCGGGUCACUAAAUCCGGGGACCUCGAAACGGUCGGUCGUUACGAUUUCGACAGCCAGCUGGGGUCAACAAUGAUCGCACACCCAAAGGUCGACCCGGAGUCGGGCUCUCUCCACUCCCUCAGCUACGACGUCGUUCAGAAGCCGUAUUUAAAAUACUUCCACUUCUCCCCCAAUGGCGCGAAAUCCCCGGACGUGGAGAUCCCAUUGGCAGGGCCCACCAUGAUGCAUGACUUCGCGAUCACCGAGAACUACGUCGUGAUCCCGGACCAGCAGGUGGUGUUCAAGCUCGGAGAGAUGAUCACGGGUGGGUCUCCUGUGAUCUACGACAAGACCAAGAUGUCGCGGUUCGGAAUUCUUAAGAAGAAUGAGGAGAACGCCGACGACAUCAUUUGGGUUGACUCUCCCGACACGUUCUGCUUCCACCUCUGGAACGCGUGGGAGGAGCCCGAGUCGGCCGAGGUCGUUGUGAUUGGAUCCUGCAUGACUCCCCCCGACUCAAUCUUCAACGAGUGCGAUGAGAACCUCAAAAGCGUGCUGUCCGAAAUCCGGCUAAAUUUGAAAACCGGCGAGUCGACUCGGCGGGCGAUUUUGUCUGAGUCGGACGACGUGAAUUUGGAGGCGGGAAUGGUGAACAGGAACCGACUUGGUAGGAAAACUCGGUUCGCUUACCUCGCAAUUGCCGAACCGUGGCCGAAAGUUUCGGGUUUUGCCAAAGUAGAUCUUUUCACCGGGGAGGUGAAAAAGUUUUUUUACGGCGAGAAGAAGUACGGUGGUGAGCCGUUUUUCGUGCCGAGCACGGCCGAGCGCGCGUCGGAGGACGAAGGUUACAUUCUGACGUUCGUUCACGACGAGAAGAAAUGGAAGUCGGAGCUUCAGAUUGUUAACGCGGCAAAUAUGAAGUUGGAGGCUACGGUAAAGUUACCUUCAAGGGUACCCUACGGGUUUCAUGGGACGUUUAUAGAAUCGAAGGACUUGGUAAAUCAGGCAUAGAUAGAACGGUGAAAAAAAGAAGCAAAGUGGUAACAGUGUUGUUAGGGAUGGGUGAAAAUAGGGAAGGGAGACAUUACCAGAGGGAUUUGUAGAGAAGCAGACAAUGUCCCCGGAUUUUCUCCUGGAAUAUUUUUAAACCCUAAAAACUUUCUUGGUUUUACUAAGCAGAUGGGUAGAUUUUUUUUUUUUUUUUUUUUUUUUUUUUUUUUUUUUUUUUUACGGUCAUCCUUUGGGUACGGUAAUUAGGUUUUGAUGAUGAUGAUGAUCGGAGAUCAGCUUGUAGCUUUUGGAGUGUAGGUAGCCCUUUGAGCUCAGCUGGUUUAUGUUUCUUCUAUCUUUCUACACUCUGUGAAAUAUUUUUAAUGCAGAAGAUCGAUCUGUGUUUUA